AUGGACUGCUAUGCGUGUAUUUCCGUGCAACCGGUGGAAUCACAUCGAAUGCAAGCCGUUACAAUUAAAAUGGAUGACAUUUGCUGCCGAAUUCCCGACUAUGCUGCGGCAGACCCUUUCAUCAAUAAGACCAGAUCUCUAUCAACUUCACAGGAACCACUCACUCAGGUUUCAUCCACGGACUGCAGAGAGUUGAUUUCACGAGAUGUUGAAACGGUCGCUGGUAAUUACACUCCUAAUAAGGACGCCGUCGUUCAAACUGAUGACUCGUACCUGAAAAUUGCCCGCCGUCUUGAUGAGUACCGCUCGAUGCGAACGAAGUUCUUGCCGGUUUUUGCAGCUUCGCCAAAUCGUCAACUUGACAACACGAGCAAGUUCGGAGAACUCGUCUUGUGCAACUACAGCAACAAAAGUUUACUUCAUUGUCUUGAAUGA